AUGUCUUCAGCCCCUCCGCCAAUCCCGCCCACUGGAAACAGCAGCAACGAGAAGAAGGACGCCGCCUCAUCCUCUGCACCGUCGGGCAGCCAGGAUGCCGCCAUGGACACUACCCCGGACCGGCCCGCGGAGGAGACUUGGGAGGACAUUCCGGAGGACAUCAUGAAGCUCUCCACCGCAGAGAUUGGCACCCGCUCGCGGCUGCUUGAGAAUGACAUCAAGAUCAUGCGCUCCGAGACUCUCCGUCUGCAGCACGAGCAGAGUGUAAUGAAGGAGAAGAUACGCGAGAACGGCGAGAAGAUUAAGCAGAACAAGGUCCUCCCGUAUCUCGUCGGGAAUGUCGUCGAGAUUCUGGAUGUGGAUCCCGAAGUGGAAGAGGACGGCGCGAACCGUGACCUCGACUCGAUGCGCAAGGGCAAAUGCGCCGUCAUCAAGACCUCAACACGACAAACCGUCUUCCUGCCUCUCAUUGGCCUCGUACCCGCCGAGAAGCUCAAGCCCGGAGAUCUGGUCGGUGUCAACAAGGAUUCCUACCUUGUGCUCGAUACGCUUCCCGCCGAGUUCGACUCCCGAGUCAAAGCAAUGGAGGUUGAUGAGAGGCCCACGGAGACAUAUACCGACGUUGGUGGUCUGGAGAAGCAGAUCGAGGAGCUCGUGGAGGCCAUCGUUCUCCCCAUGGAGCAGGCGGACAAGUUCAAGACGCUUGGUAUUAAGCCUCCGAAGGGUUGCUUGAUGUACGGUCCUCCUGGUACUGGAAAGACCCUGAUGGCUCGUGCAUGCGCCGCACAAACCAAUGCCUGCUACCUCAAGCUCGCUGGCCCGUCAUUAGUACAGAUGUUCAUCGGUGACGGCGCGAAGCUCGUUCGUGACGCGUUCGAGCUCGCGAAGGAGAAGGCACCCGCUAUCAUCUUCAUUGACGAACUUGACGCCAUCGGCACCAAACGGUUCGAUUCGGAGAAGAGUGGCGACCGUGAAGUCCAGCGCACGAUGCUUGAACUUCUGAACCAACUGGACGGCUUCAGCAGUGAUGAACGAAUCAAGGUUAUUGCUGCAACGAACCGUAUCGAUAUUCUUGAUCCGGCGCUGCUCCGGUCUGGUCGUCUGGACCGGAAGAUUGAGUUCCCGCUACCAAACGAGACCGCACGGGCACGUAUCCUUGAGAUCCAUUCCCGGAAGAUGGCGGUCUCUCAGGACGUCAACUACGAAGAGCUGGCGCGGAGUACAGACGAGUUCAACGGUGCGCAGCUCAAGGCUGUCUGCGUCGAGGCCGGCAUGAUCGCGCUGCGGGAAGGAGCGACAAAGCUCAACCACGAGCAUUUCCUGAGCGGUAUCUCGGAGGUUCAGAGCAAGAAGAAGAAUCCGCUCAACUACUUCAUGUAA